AUGAAGCCUGAAUUUUUAACAUCAGUUCAAAAUUUUCGUCAAAUGGUUCAAAAGUCUCGAAUUCCUGCCUCAAAGAUAUUAGUUAUGGAUGAAGCUGGUAUCUGGAGUGAUGACAUUUCUCUAUACACAUAUGCUGAAAAAGGAUCAAAAUAUGUUGAUGUUGUUGUACCAGAUAUAAAGAUCAAGCACACAAUUGUAGCAACACUCGGAGGUGAUGGAAGUACUUUACCUGCACUUUGGAUUAAACAUCAAAAUGCCAACAAGGGAAGAAAACAAAAAGCUAUUAGAGGAAUGAAUACUAUAUUAAUGCUGAAAUACAUUGAUGAAGUUUUGGCACCAAAUAUACGUGAUGCAAAACAACUUGAUCCUUUUAAUUUUUAA